AUGAAUAACUCUUCACCUAUAAGAGUAAAUAGCUACCUCUAAAGUAACAAUUAAGCAUGGUAAUUAGCUUAAUAGAUAUGCCAAUCGGCAACGAAGUCAAAUUAAUAAAAUACAAGUUCAAUAGAAAGACCACAUUCAUAAAUUUAAGGUUAGGCUUCUUAAUAAAUAUAGUUAAAUGGUUAUAAUUUUUAAGGCCACACCAGCAUUAUUUCGAAUGGCAACUAUUAGCAUCAACUGCAUCAUUAAAAAGUAGCAAUUAGCGAAUCGCCAUAAAGACCUUAAUAGCAAAUAAUAAAUAAUCAAAUUAUAAAAUUAGAGGCAUUGGGAGUGCAAAAAGAUAAUCCGAAUUAGAUAUUUUCAUUUCAUCACUAAAAUGGAUAUUUUAAAAAGAAAAACUAUUCCGCAGCAGUAAAGAGGAAUCUUUCUUAGCAAGUAUCUUAGCAAUUAUUUAACUGCGAAUUAAAAGGCAUCAAUCCUUAACAUAAUAUUUUCUGUGAUCAAAAUAAAGGAUCACAUUUAAGAUCCAGCUCCAACCACGUUAACCCAUAUAUUUAGUAAAAGAUAAAUGGGUUUUAGUAAAGUGUUUUACAAAAUAAAACUUUGUACUAUGGCUCAAAUGCAAGCAAUUCCCUUUUAUCAUCAUAACCCUAAAAAAUAGAUAUAUUCGCUCGUUCAACUUACUACGUUAGACCUUUAUAAGAGCUAGUACAGCUCAACUCAGGGAAAAGAAUUUUGGAUCCUUAAAGCUAUGCAAAUGCUGAAAAUAUAAAUUAACUUGAGUAACCUGAAAAGGCUUUAAUUUAAGAAAUUGAAUGCAACUAGCAAGAAACUAAUACAAGUUUAAAUAUUGAUGAUUCAAGUAAACACAAUUAGAGAAAUCUUAGUAUAAAUGAAGGGAAAAUUCAAAAAGAGAUUAUUGGAUUACAAAAUUAGUCAUUUGGAAUACAUUGCGAUAAUCCAAACAAAAGGUUGUCAGAUAGUAUUACAAUAUAAGCUCCUUUCAGUAGUCACAAUUAUGAUUUCCAAUAAGAGGAUUAUAAACUAUAGAGAGUAACUCUUAACCCAGUAUAUAAAACAGAAUAAAAUAUAGAAAGAUUGGAACCUAUUGAAAAUGGAGAUUAGUUCACUCCUUAAAGCAGCAAUUUGGAAUAAAAAAAAUCAAAAAAAAUACAAAACUUUCCUGAUUAGAUGCAAUUUAGUGAAACCAAAAGGUAAAUAAAACAAGCUGAACUAUUUAGGAUAUCUUCGCCACUCAAAUACAUAAAAUCAAAUGCAUAGUUCAAAUUAAGAUCAAUUUCAUAGUAAGAUCCAGCUUUAAAAAAUGUAUUAUAAGUACAGGAAAGCCCUAUCAAGCAAAUUUAUUAAGAAAGAGAAGUUAUUGUAAAAUAAAGUAUCACAAAUACGAAUUUUGCCAACAAUCCACUUAUGGUUACAUCUUCUAUAGAAAAAACAAUAGACUUCUAGCCAAAUAAUAAUAUUUAAGAUGAAAAAGAGAGAAUUAUAAGCAAAAGCUAUUCAGCUGUAAAAAAAUCUCUAGCAGAGAGGACGUCAAGGUCUUAAAACCCUCAUGAAAUUCUUAAUCGAACUUAAAAUGUGAUUUAGAUGUAUCAAAGUUAAAAUAGUUACAAUAGCAAUUACGGGAGCAUAAGGAAGAGUAAGAAUCAUUAUUCUUUUACAAAAAAGCAGAAGGAAGAAAAAAUUGAAUAAAUCAUUUUGAAAUGCACAGAUAAAACAUAUUUUGAUCCUGCUGGUGAUAUGAGAAAUGAGUUGCAGUAAUAACAGCAAAAGGUUAGUACUUUGAAUAAGAAUGAUUUCAAAGUCGGAAUAAACAGCGAAAAAGCUUCUCCAAAAUCAUAAACAGUAAUAUAAAAAUAUGGUAUUAAUCAAUCAGAGUAAAAGGAAGGUGAUCAAGCCAAAAAAGUGUUUGUGUUUAAAAAAAAUAUUAAUAAAAAUGAAGAAGAUGACGAUGAUGAAGAGAAAAAUCAAAACAACAGUGAUAGCGAUUCAUCGAAAGAUUUAGAUGUCGAUAGUGAUGAAGAUGAAGAUGAGGAUGAGAAUGACUUAGAAGAUAGCAUCGACUAAGCAUUGAUUAAUUCAGCAUAUGAACCAUCAACAGAAUGCUCUGCUUCAUUUUAACCUCCAGUCUUGCAACCAAAUAGAUAUAACAAGCUCUUACUAUUAAAAAGUGUGUAUGAAAACCGUCCUUUGACCGUAUUCUUUCCCUAUCCUCCUUAAUGUGGAGAUAUCAUCAGAAACUCUUCUAGAACAGUUGUAGCAACCGAUUAUGAAGAAAAAAGGUUUGAUAUGAGGUUUAAGGUGACCACUAAUAGCUUAAAUAGGUGUGUUGGACAUGCAUUUUAGUAUGCAGGUAUUAGAGAGACUGAAGAUAAUGACUGGAAUAUGGUAUGGAGCACUGGAAGAGAUAAUAGAGUAAAAAAUAUGAUUAAAUAUUAAAAAAUUAACCACUUCCCAUAGUAUUGGAAUAUGGGGAGAAAGGACUGCUUGUGGAAAAAUUUGUCUAAAGUUAAAAGAAAAUUUCCAUAAGAAUAUGACUUUAUUCCAAAUACUUAUAUAUUGUAACAUUAAUCAGAUUGGGAUAGAUUUUUGGCAAAAAGAGAUGAUGCUGAGAAAGGAAAAUUGUGGAUUAUGAAGCCUAGCAACUAGGCCUAAGGAAAAAAUAUAAAGAUGAUAUCAAAGAGAAGCAAAGUAUAAAGAAAGCAAGAAUACAUUAUUUGUGAGUAUGUAGCAAAUCCACAUUUGAUUGAUGGAUUAAAAUAUGAUCUUCGUAUAUAUGUUUUAGUCACUUCAUAUGAUCCUCUUAGGAUAUACAUUUUCGAUGAUGGUUUGACUCGUUUCGCGACUGAAAAAUAUUCAACUAAUACAAAAGAACUCUCAAAAAGAUAUGUGCAUUUGACUAAUUACUCACUUAAUAAAAAUAAUCCUAACUUCAAGAAAAACAAGGAUGCUAAUGAAGAUAGUGAAGGCUCGAAGUGGUCAUUAAAAGCUCUAUUUAGAAAAUACACAGAGAUGGGAGUUAACACUGCUCAGUUGUGGGACAGAAUAAAAGAUAUUGUAAUUAAAACUUGUAUUGCAACUGAGCCAUAUAUGACAGAUUAGUAUGUAAAAUGUGAAAAUCAUAGAACAAAUUGUUUUGAAUUGUAUGGCUUUGACAUAUUAAUCGAUGAUACCCUAAAGCCUUGGUUGCUUGAAGUAAAUGUGCGUCCAUCUUUAAGCAGUUCUUCUCCUUUAGACAGAAGAAUAAAGCAUACUUUAGUAUGUGAUACAUUCAAUUUGAUAGGAAUCUAGCCUUAUGAUAAAAGAAAGUUUGAAGAAGAUCAAAGAAAAAAGAUUCCAGGAGUAUCUGAUUAAAAAAGAGGAUUUUCUAAAAACUUAAAAGAUUUAUCAGAUUUAAAUGAAUUCAACUGUUUGCAAAAGCUUUCACCAGAAGAUUGGAAUAUGCUUUUUGAAACAGACGAAGAGAACUAUAGAACAGGACAUUUCGAGAGAAUUUUUCCUCCUCCUAAAGAUAAAAUUGAUUUUUACUUGAAGUUUUUUGAAUAUGAGAGAUAUAACAACAUAAUCAUUCGCAGUUGGGUCAAGUCAAGCACCAACUUUUUAGAAAAAAUCUUGAAAAAAGUUUAUGAAUUUAAUGUUUGA